CCCCAACUGUACAAAAAUUGGUGGAGAUAGAGAGAGAGAGAGAGAGAGAGAGAUGGCGAGCAGUUUGGUUUCUUCAUCGUUGGUUCUGAAGCCAUCUGCUGUGCCAGCAGUGAGCAGACCACAAGCCAAAGGUCUGCCUUCGCUUGCCAGGCCUUCUUCUUCCUAUGGCCUCAAGGUUAUGGCUAAGAACAGGAAGAUCAAGACUGACACACCCUAUGGACCUGGAGGAGGAAUGAGUCUUGUCAAUGGGGUUGAUGCAUCUGGAAGGAAGCUUAAGGGAAAGGGUGUUUAUCAAUUUGUUGACAAAUAUGGAGCUAAUGUUGAUGGCUACAGCCCAAUCUACAGUCCAGACGAAUGGUCUCCCAGUGGUGAUGUCUAUGUUGGAGGGAAAACUGGCCUUAUAUUAUGGGCUGUGACACUACUUGGACUGCUUGGAGGGGGAGCUCUUCUGGUUUACAACACCAGUGCUCUGGCUUAGUGGAUUUAAUGAAAAGCCUUGUAAUAUAAGUUUAUCAGAAUUUGCAUAAAAACCACUAUGUUUGCUGCAAUUAUGUGAAAUUGUUCUCUUCUGGUAGGAUUGAAUACAAUAGCUUAUUAAUCAAUGCCUCAAUUAUUAUAACAGUUUUAA